AGUUCCUCCAGCCUCCCAAGCUCUUCUGCAGCAUCAUUCUUCCAUGCGCGCUCCAGCAGUGAUGAUCUCGUGACUUCUGACCACGUCCGUCUUCAUUCUGGCCUGCCUCCUGUCGCUGGUUAUCCUACCAGCUCAAUGGGCGGUAGUCGGCGCGGCACUCUUUGUGGUUCGACCACUCCAUCAGGACUCGUGACAAUGGAGGGUGACGCUGUAGGUUCUGGAAGCAAUGGGAGUGGAACUCGUUCUCAGAAUGUUAGACAUCAAGCUCUUGAGUUGCCGGAACAUCUGAGAGGCAGUCUUAUUAACCAGGUAUAG